GAGGAGUGAGCGCCUAGCCCUCCAGCUAACUGUCAGAAGACAGCGUAGCUGCCCCGGCGACUCCUCAGAGUCAGACCCUAAAACACUGCCUUCUAGUACUACACCUAGUAACCACACAUGAAUAACUCACUCGGUCACAAAUCAAUCAGCACCGUUACGGUCGUCGAUUCAACUGAAAUGGCGUUUUAUUUCAGCCCGUAGAAGGUGUGUUUGUGCUCGCUGCGAUUAGCAGAUGGUCGUCCUCCCAACGAGCUCGAGAGGAGACAGUAUUUGACAGUUACCCGCUCAGGAGGCGUUGGUGUGGCGCACGUCGACAAAACAUCACGGCAUUUCAGAUCAGCACUGAAGCUGCGCCAGGCAGCCUGGAACGCCCUCUGUAAAUUCCUCCGGUCCAGAGGGGAGCAGCUGCCCUGCCAGUCAUGUCUCGUAGGAGUGCCCGCCUGGUGUCAGGUGGUUACUAUCAAUCAGAUGAAGACUCGGACUCCAGCAGCGUCACAACCAUCUCCUACCGCGAGAGCCCCCUCAGGGUGUUCAAGAAGAAGUCGGGGGGUACUCGCAAGGCGUCCACUCGUACAUCAAGCAGGGCCAAUAGCAACGUCAGCUCGGUCAGCACAGCUGAGCCGUCGGCCACAGAACGGACCAAUCAGGGACCAGAACAGUACCAAGGUCCGACCCCGGAGCCCGCCCAGGGCGGGUCCAGCAUCCAGAUGGUACUGUACAACCCCACGCCCGCACCUACCGCGCGGCCCGCCCUGACCCCCGCACGGGGCCGGAGCCGGACCCCCACCCCCACCCCCUGCCCUGACGCUCCCCCGGAGCGCAGCCUACCGUCGGGGUCGCUGGGGCCCUUCGGAGCCGGGGGCCUGCAGGGCUCGUACAGCCGGCUGCUGAACCAGGCCAGCGUGGACAGCUCUGGGUACUCGUCUGCCGAGGGACCCCACAGGAGACCCACCACCACCACCAGCCCCACCCACCUGGCCCCUCGUACCCCCAGCGGGGAACCAGCAUCUCCACCCGGAGGUAUUGGUACCAGCAAAGCUCAUAACAGCAGUAGCAGCUACAGCUAUUACACUGACAGACUGCUCCGACCCGGCAUGAGGACGCUGAUCGGUGGCGUUCUGCUCCUGGCCCUCCUGUUCCUCUGCGUGUACUGCCUGGCUCCUCUGCUGGUCUCUCUCACCCUCCACCCCACCACUACCAAGGCCACUGGGCCCGGGCUGACCACCAUCACAACACCACCUGUUUCCCUCACCACGCCUCCUCCCCCGGCUCUUUCUCCUUCCUCUCCUCCUCAUCACCAAGCUACUCCACCUCCUGCUUCCCCUCUUCAUCACCAAGCCACGGCUCCUCCUCCUCUUAAUCACCCUGCUCCCCAGCCCUGCUCUGUUCCGCCAGCACCCGCUGCCCUGGAUCCUCUGCUGGUAUCUGCUGCUGUGGACCACAAGAUGCAGAAUGUUCUGGAGGAACUACUGCAGAAACAGGAGAACCUUCACUCUCUGGGGGAGGCCAGGCUCCGGUCAGAGCUGCAGGUGCUGAGGGCCAGGCUGGAGGAGCUGGGCACCGUGGGCCAGCAGAGCCUGGAGGCGGAGGUGGACCGGCUGAGCCGGCUGCUGGCCCGCCACCAGGCCGACGCCGACGGCGCCCGCACUGCGAUGACGCUCAGGGUCCGGGCCCUGGAGACCACCAACACACAGCUGAGCGAGGAGCUGUCCUCCAUCCAGAAGAGGCCCGCCCCGGCCCCCUGCCCCGUGCCAGAGCCCCCGGCCCCCCAUGACCAGAGCCUGCUCAGCCCGCAGCUACAGCACGCCCUGGAGGAGUGGCUCGCUGACAGGAUCCAGGAGCACGAGCUCAGUGCUAGCGGCAGCUGUGCUGCCUGCGACCGGCCGAUGGCCGACAAGAUGGCCGACUUUGCUCUGGAGUCCCAAGGUGCCAGUGUGGUGAGCACCCGGUGUUCAGAGACCUACAGCAUCGGCACGGCGUGCGUCACCCUCUUCGGCUUCCCCCUGUGGUACCCAUCAGAGAGCCCCCGCACUGUUAUACAGGGCUACGCCGUGCUGCUCCCCGGGAGGUGCUGGGCCUUCCGUGGCGUGCAGGGCACCCUGGUCCUGGCUCUCUCCCACCCCGUCGCCAUCUCCCACGUCACCCUGGACCACCUGCCCCGCUACAGCGCGCCCACGGGACGCAUCGACUCUGCUCCCCGCGACUUCCAGGUCUACGGCAUGCAGGACACCCUGGAUGAGGCCACUCUGCUGGGGAACUUCACCUACGACCAGGAGGGCGAGUCCGCGCAGACCUUCACCAUACCCGAGUCUAGCAGCAUGGCCUACCGCCACGUGGAGCUGAGGGUGCUCAGUAACUGGGGUCACAUGACCUACACGUGUAUCUACCGCUUCCGGGUUCACGGCAAGAUGGCCGACGCAUAACCAGAGGUCCGGUGUACUGCCGGCGGCUACACAGCCCGUUUGUCAUGUCACAGUGGAUCUUUUUAAAAGAGCCUCAAUUCAAUACAAAUAAUAACCAUAAAAAUAUUGAAUACUGGUUUGAUACUAGUGUUUGGGCGUUUUUCCGAAAGUUCUUUCAAGAGGCUAUUGCUAAGAGGCGGAUAAUGAUCAAAUAUUUAUAUAUUUUGAGGUACCGAGCUGGCUGGCGGUGCAGAUUCGAUUAACGUCUUUUCUAAUCAUGUCAGCUGACCAUACACUGUGCUGGGUGGGCAGUGAGUUUACAACAUGCUGUAUGAUUACCUAUUGUUUCAGUGAUACGAGGCGACUUUUACAAUAGACAUGUGAGCGCCUCUCCUACUUUGCAGUAUUCCUUCAGAAGAACCAUACUAUUUACCUGCUCUGAGCUGACUCGUGGAAUGAGUUCUUCAUUACAGAGAAUACUGCUACUUUUGCAUGUUGUGGAAAAUCACGGUGUGCAACAUGCAAGUUUCGGCAGUAGAGACCCGAAAUAUUGGACUUUGGACGUUGUUCCCAAAGCAAAUCCUGGAAAAAGUAAUUGCUGCAGCAGUCCACGAUUUUUUCUCAGCACACUUAUAAAGCAAAUAAUGUUAUAUUUGAAAAUAUCUUUACGUGAAGUUCCGCUUUAACUCACAGUUGAAGAAAAUCAAUUUGUUGUCAGCCACAUUCUCAAAGAAAGUGCCCAGAAUUAAAUUACGCUAAGCUCACGUACACAAAGAAGUGUAGACAGUAGGUAAAAUAUGAUUUGUUCUCAUGUUUAUUGAACAAAACGAUUCGGUAAUAAUCAUAAACGCUUGUGGCUCGAAGACGACUCAGGCUGGUGGCUACCUUGUUUCUCUAGCUGGAUGGUGAAAAGCUCACUUAUAGAACCAAGAUGGCCUGGAACCAAGAUACCCACUGGGUAAAUACGGCCCAUUAGGGGAUGUCAGGUCAUUUAAAUCUGAUUUACCUCAUCUACUUUUCCUCUUCAUGUAAUGCAUGUGUUGAUAUUCGUUCUAUCUUAUAAGAUAAUGGAGUUCAAAUCGGCACCUUUAAAGAAGCAAGCAAGUCAUAUUAUUUAAUUUCAUAUUUCACAAAUAUCCGAUGCAGUUUCAACUGCCCAAUUCCAAGGUUUAUCGUCUGUAUAUACCGUAUACAUUUAUUUAAUAAUUAUAUAUUUUUUGAAAAUAGGCCUACAUAGAUGGUAUGAUGACCUUUAUAUAUGUAAACGAUUGGUGUAAUAAUUAUUUCAAUGGCUGGGAUAACAUUCCUUAUGAAACUAAAUCAACUUAAAUUAUUAUCUAAAUACCAAUUUAGAUUAAAACAUUCAGGGUUUUCUAAAAAUGUUAAGCUACAAUUUUUAUUAUUAACUAAGUUGUUAGGUUGUAUUUAGCUCUGCAUUCUUGCUGGAAUACUUGAAUUAGUGUUCCCUAACCUCUUAUACAAAAUAUUCUGUCAUGGUGAAUAUGGCAUGUAAUGGUACUCUUUCUUGGGAAGAGUAAGAACACCAGUCGAUUUAAAGUUCUAUGUUUUUCAGAUUUAAAAGAACUGCUAUUCAGGGUCACACCUGUUAUUCCACAUUCAGCAAAUUUUGUAAUAUGCAUUUUUGGGAUAAAAAAUAUUCAAUUGAGAAUUUUUUCCGAGCUAAAAGUUUUAACAGUUUUAAAUAUCAAUGAUUCUCUGAUGGUUAAUCAAAGAUUUGUGAAUGUUGCCAAAAAUUCUUACAAAUGUGAUGAAUAAAUAUCACUUUUUGAAUACCUCA